CUAUGGUAUAACACUGUCUAGAACCAUCGAAAACAUCAAACACCCAAAGCAAAAGUGUAACUGUGUCACAGAGAGAGAGAAAAAAAAAAUGGUGAACUUCACGUUGAUGAUCACUGCGGAGCUUGAGAACCUCACCAAUCUUCAACCCCAAGGUGGCUGCGAUGAUCCCAAUUUCCCUUACCUUUUCAAGUUGAAAUGUGGGAGAUGCGGAGAACUCAGCCAGAAAGAAACCUGCGUCGUCUUAAACGACACCGUUCCUCUUCCGGUUGGAAAGGCCACCACUCAUCUCAUUCAAAAGUGCAAAUUUUGUGGCAGGGAUGGCACUGUGACCAUGAUCGAAGGCAAAGGUAAACCACUCACCCAGGAAAUCAGUGAAUCAGGGAAGUACGCACCAUUGAUGUUAUUUGACUGCAGGGGCUAUGAACCUGUAGAUUUUGUAUUCGGUGAUGGAUGGAAAGUUGAAUCGCUUGAGGGAACCAAAUUUGAGAAUGUUGACUUGUCAAGUGGAGAAUAUGCUGACUAUGACGAGAAGGGAGAAUGCCCAGUCAUGAUAUCCAAUGUUCGAGCUACUUUUGAAGUGACAAAGUAGAAAACUGGUUUGCUGUGUAAACAUUUUCUUGAUGUAUAAAUUCACUGUUCUGUUCCAGAUGAGCUUUUGAGCACUGGUUUGCAUCUUAAUCAGGCAAGAAAUUGUGGAAUCUUCUAACAUUACAUGUGAUUGAUGGAGUUUACUUUUCAUUGUGAUCACUGGACAUGACACCAAUACACCACGCUAAAUAUUAAUAUUUAAAUUUCAUUAUUAAUA